AAAACAUCAAUCUACAAUGUUUCUUGUGUUUUUUGUUCUAGAUCAACAUGUAUUAUGAAACAGGUUUAUUAUGUUGUAAAGAAUUUAAAAAAACAACAUGAAGAAGUUUGAUUCUUGCAGAGCUUCCACUGCACUCAUUUGUUUCACUGUCUUGUGACAUUAAACACAUGAAACAGCUCAAACUUGUGUAAAUAGAUUUUUAUUUUAACAGAAAAAUAUGAAAAAGAGGAUAGAGGACCUUUUAUUACAACCAAAUGCUAAACAAGACUUAUGUUAUGUUGCAUAAUCAACGAUGUCACCAUGGUACUGACUUAUCAAUCACAACGUAGCCACGCCCUAAAGCAUACGCUGCUUUAUCGUCUAUUUUACUCUAAAUGGGACCAUAAUUUAUAAAGUGAUCAUCAUGCUGUAUUGAAGAAGACUUGAAACUAAUGAUUGAGACCAUGAACUCAUUAAGAAAGUGUUUACUGAGGUAAUAAAUCAAGAGAGAAGUAGGGUCAUUUUCUCAUAGACUUCCAUACAAUCAGACUUCGUUUUGCAGCCAGUGGAGUCGCCCCCCGCUGGCCGUUGGAGAGAAUGCAGGUUAAAGUCACUUCCACAUUGGCUUCACUUUUCAAACUGGGAGCUACCAGCUUGACUGCGACUAAUGACUAUGAACUUUACAAUAAACUUUUUAUGUGCAUCAAGUUUUAACCAAUUUUCAUUAUGAUACAUUUAUGUCUAUACUGAUCAUGAUUUCCACUGUAAUGUUGAAGUGUUUUGUGCUUUUGAUUAGAUGCUCUGUUAGAUUUGUUCAGUGUUUCUACUAUUAUUGUACAGGCCUGGCGGGCUGCCACAAUUAAUGCCAACUACCCGUUCAUUUGGAAAUCAAUAUUGUCUGGGAGCCUCUGAGCAGCGCUGAAAGAAAACUAGUCGCCAACUACAUUUCUAAGACAAAAAUGCUGAAAUUCUCUAGUUCCAACUUCUACAAAUAUGAAUAUUUUCUUUUUGUAGGGCUGCAACUGAUGAUUAUUGUUAUUAUUGAUUCAUUCUCUUGAUGAAUCGAUUUAGUCCUAUAGUCUAAAAAAUGUCAUAAAAUGGUGAAAAACGUCAAUCACUGUCUUCCAAAGCCCAACUAGACAUCCUCAAAUGUCUUAUUUUGUCCCAACCAACAACCCAAAGAUAUCAGACUAAAAGAAACCAGAAAAUAAUUUGAAAAAACCAGAGAAUAUUUGGCAAUUAACUUUCUGUCGGUCUACUAAUCAAUUAAUCAACUAAUUGUUGUAACUCUAGUUGUUUGCUGGUCCAGUUAUUAUCAUAAAGGACAAUGAAAACCAGAAAACAUAGCCUAUACAUUUGAAAUUUUUGCUUUGAGAAAUGAUUGAAUUUAUUAAAUAAUCGUUUUAUUUUGAUUAAUUUUCUGUUGACUGAUUAAUCGAUGGCAGGUGUUUUAUUAACUGAUGGUUUUUUGGAUUUUUUAGGUCUGUUUUGAGGACAUUUUGUUCCCUUACGAACCAGCUGAUGUCUGUACAGAAACAUUUCGACACAUAACGAAGCGGGUAACAGCCGUUUCUACAUCUUUUUGAAAGUUUCUGUCCCUUAAAGGCAGAAUAAAUGUGACAAUAAUGAGGUGAAACCGGCUAACAACAAAGAAAACAGCGCCCAGAGAAGGAAACAUGCUAACACCAACAUAUCAGCCUGUUUGGGAACCAGUAUGACGACAGAAAGAAAUAAAACCAUCAGGAGAGCGAGACCCCACAAAGGUUCAUCAAAUAGGCUGUCAGCAACAGACAAAGAACCCGAGGCAGGAAGUGACUGACAGCGUGUGUGUUCAUAAACAUCAUGAUUUCAUCCCUCCAGUCUGUUGAGUCUGAAGAUAUGCUCAGCAGAGGGGAGAUCGGACUGAUGAGCGGACAGAACCAGAACCCUGCAGGACCGACCUGCGGUAAACCUCAGGUGUUUGACUGGUGUCCACCUCAACAGCAGUACCUGAAUCUGACCAACGGGGGGCGACACAACACGACAGACACUCAGACUGCUGCUGCUUCAUCUGUCCAUCCUCUCAUCCCUCUCCUCCUCUACAGCGACAGACACUUCCCUCCGUCCUCCCCGUACAGCCAGCCAAUCAGUGCAGCCCAUUCCAGGACACACCCCUGCCACCAUGGCAACAGCGUCACAAGCAGCAGGCCAGGUGUGCAGGUGAAGAAGCCUCUGAACGCCUUCAUGCUCUAUAUGAAGGAGAUGAGACACAAAGUUCUGCAGGAGGGCCAAGAGAGAGAGAGCGCCGCCAUCAACCGCAUCCUAGGGCGCAGGUGGCACGCUCUGUCACACUCUGAACAGUCCAAAUAUUACGAUCUGGCCCAGAAGGAGAGACUGCUCCACAUGCAGCUUUACCCUGGAUGGUCGGCCAGAGAUAACUAUGGUAAAAGGAAGAGGAAGCGGAGCCAGCAGGAAGCUGUCCCAGCUGGACUCUGAGUGCUGGAUGAGACCUCUGAAGAGACAACAUGUGAAGAACAACACACACCAUGUUCUGAUCUCUGUCCAGUAAAAUGUAGUGAAGUUACUUUGGUUACAAAUUCUGGCCUGAAUCUAAAAUGAAUUAAAACACAGAAACUUUAUGUUCCUCACUGAAUAAAUCUGUUUUGUAUGAAAGAAAUCAAAUUUUUCAGUUUUUAAUUUCUUACUUCAAACAGUGUGUCCAAAAGUGUCCACAACACUGACGAUGUGGACGACAUGUA